UUUCCCCGCUGCCGGCGCCGCUGUCUCCCGGCGCAGCCCGGAGCCCGUCGGAGCUCGGGGCGGCGGCGUUCGCCGCCGGCCAUGGCCGCGCCUGCCGCGCUGCUCAGCCCCCACCACCUCCUGUCCUUCUGCUUCCCGGCCGCCGGCGGGCUCCUGGGCUAUGCCGACCUGGAGAAGGGCUACGAGGGCGGCGGCGGCGACGCGGGGGACUUCAGAGAAGCCACCCGGGACCUGCUGAGCUUCAUCGACUCGGCCUCCAGCAACAUCAAGCUGGCGCUGGACCGGCCGGUGAAGUCGCGGCGGAAGGUGAACCACAGGAAGUACCUGCAGAAGCAGAUCAAGCGCUGCACCGGCAUCAUCGCCGCCGCCGCCCCGCCGCCCGCCGCCUGCUCCGCCCGGCCCCCGCCGCGCCGGGAGCCCGCGCAGGCGGCGGGCAGCAGCCUGCAGAGCAAGAGCCUGGCCGCCCUCUUCGGCUCCCUGCAGCGGGGCCGGGGCGCGGCGGGCGGCGCCGAGGCCAGGGCGGGCGGCGGCGGCGGCGGCGGCGAGAAGGCGGCGGGCGGCCCGCGGAAGGUGCCGCUGCGGGACCGCAACCUGCCGCCCUCCUUCUUCACGGAGCCGGCGCUGCCCGCGCCCGCCGCCCGCGGGCCGCCCGCCAAGGAGCCGGAGAAGGGCGGCGGAGGGGCUGCCGAGGCGUCCGAGUUCUUCGAGCUGCUGUGCCCCGAGUACGGCGCGCUGCUGCCCGAGCACGCCGCGCCGCCCGACGCCUUCGGCGGCCGCCUGCCCGCCGAGCUGGGGCUGGAGCACGGGCUGUACGAGCUGCCGCUGCCCGCCGGCCCGCACCCGCUGCUGGGCGGGCUGCUGUACCCCGAGCCGCCCUGGAGCCCGGCCGCGCCCUGCAGCCCGCCCAGGAAGGCACCGCCCGAGCCGCUGCGCCCGCUGUACCCCGGCGGCCCGGAGCAGGUGCCCGGUGGCGGCGGCGGCAGCACCGAGGAGCCGGGUGGGCACCUGCCCGCGGGGUUCGCCCCCUUCUUCCCCGAGUGCCCGCUUGCCCCGCCGCAGCCGCCCUACGACUACGGCGCUGGGUACCCCCGCACGGGUUACCCCGGGCUGUAGGGCGGCGGGGCUCGGCGUCCGCCGGGACGGGGCUGACGGACGCUGGGGCAGCGCGGAGGCCGCACGGGGCUCCGCACGCCCGAAACCGCGGCCACGGCUCCCGCAGGAUCCACCCUUGUGCGCUGCCAGUCGCCUCCUCCUGCAGUUU